AUGCCCAGGAAAGGGAGAAAGAGCAAGGGACCCCUUUCUGAAGAGGAACAGCUGCUUCUAUUACAGCAGAAGUUACUCGCAGAGGAGGAGAUGACCAAGAAGAAAGAGCGACUCCUGAGCCAGUACUUGAAGGACAAGCUGGCCAAGGAAGAACGUAACAGUGUUUUGAACCUGAAAAAGAUCAACACGCAGUGGAGAGCCAUCCUUCGAGAAGUCAAGACCAAAGAGCUUCAGAAGGACAUCGAGGUCCUCAGCCAGACCUUUGAGCGGGUGGUAGACUGCAAGGAUAGUGUCAUCAAGUCUUUAGCUAAGGACCUGGUCGAGGCCGAGGAGCAGUACGCCCAUGCCCUGCGCAGCCACUUGCACAACGUGGACCAGCUGUUGUCCCUGCAGAGGAGCCGGCUCAACCUCCUGGAGGAAAGUUACAACACGGAGCUCGAAGCCCUGACCAAGGAGUUUGAGUCAGAAAGGAAAACCAUUAUUGACCAACAUGAAAAAGAGAUUCACUAUCUCCAAGAUGUCUACAUGGCCAUGGAGCAGAACUACCUGGAUUCUGAGUAUGAAAGCAAGCUGGAGUUCCAGAGUAUGUGGGACGAUCUCAAAAACAAGAAUUUAGAAGAGAAGCAUUUUCUAAGACUGCGGCUGGAGACUAUAGUGGAGGACCUCUGGAGGCGGUUCCAGGAAGCACUCAAGCAUUACACAGAGGCCACAGAGGACCGGAAGGUUGCCUUUGAGGCCCUGAGGGCCAAAGAUGAGAAGAGCUCCAAAGAGAUUGAGGAACAGAUGAAAAAAAUACAGAAACUGCAGGACUCCAUAUUUAUUCUAAAAGGCAAGAUCCUUUUGCACAUCCGUGAGAGUGAAGAACAGAAUCAGCUCAUUCGUAACGACAAGCAGGUGAUCCUUGUACAGCUGCGAAAACUGAAGGCCCAAAAGUCUCAGACCCGGGCAAUAUCCAAGGAAAACUUAGUCAAACUCACCCUGGAAAGUAAUGCCACCCUCAACGCCCUAAGGAAGACUGUGGAUAAGGGUGAAAAGAUCCUUAAACUUGCUGAAAUAUGCAGGAAGUUUGAAACAGAGGAAGAAAAGGUGCUGCCCUUUUAUUCAUCAAUACUGACUCCUGAGGAGCAGGAAAAGAUUGAGGAACUUCACAGAGAGGAACUUACUGAGGAUCUGGCAAAGGUCAUAGGCGACUACAGAGGGAUGCAGAAUUUCUGGAAAAGGUUUAACAAAGUGAGGCUAGAGCAGCUGAGCCUGCAGUGUCAACACACCCAGCUGUCGGGUAUCAACAAGAAGCUGCGGGAGAUGCUCAAGCAGUACCUGGACGGCAUCUCCGUGAGCGACGAAGUGCUGAGCCAGCUCAACCCACUCUUCGUCGUCAACUAUCGAAGCAACUUAGCCCCGCCCCUGUCCAUACCUGCACCCCAACCAGGUGACAAAAAACCUCUGCCCACUGUCCUCAUUGAUGCAGACCACAUCUCCUCUCAUAUCCUGUGA